CGGAAAUUUCAACCUUCCCGUUUGUCUCUCCCCCAACCUUCAUCAGAAGAAGGGCGGAGAGCAAGAAACAGAACAAAACAUAUCUCUUAAAUCAUGCUUAAACCUUUAUCAAAAAAUCCAAUUACAAUAACAAUCAUGCUAUUUGUUUCCUUCUUCAUCCUCCUCUUAAUUUCUGGAUUCAUCCCCUUUUCUUCCUUUGCUUCUCCUUCUCUCAAAGACACACUAAUCCAUUCAAACAAAUCCGACCCGUUCACUGACUUGUUGGGUGCUUAUAGAAAAUGGGAUUCUCAAAUGGGUUGUUUGAGAUUCAAGGAAAAGCAUCAAACUUUAGGUUCUUUUAGAAAUUCUUCAUCUUCUUUUCAAGUUAGUGGGGGCGAUGAAAUCGGGUGUGAUAAAGAUUUGAAAUUGAAGCAUGUUAAGGUUUUGGUAAAAGGGUGGACUUGGAUUCCUGAUAAUUUGGAGAAUUUGUAUGAAUGUAAAUGUGGGUUGAGUUGUUUUUGGACUAAAUCUGCUGUUCUUUCUGAUCCUCCUGAUGCUCUUUUGUUUGAAACUACCACUCCUCCUUUGCAGAGAAGCAUGGGCGACCCAUUGCGUGUAUACAUGGAUCUUGAAGCUGGUAGGAGACGGUCAGGACGUGAGGAUAUUUUUGUUAGCUAUCAUGCUAAGGAUGAUGUUCAAGCAACUUAUGCUGGAGCUUUGUUUCACAAUAAUCGAAAUUACCACGUGUCGUCCUGGAAGAAGAAUGAUAUCCUUGUAUAUUGGUCAUCGUCUCGUUGCCUUCCGAAAAGAAAUGACCUUGCCAAGAGACUUCUUGCCUUAUUGCCUCAUCAUUCCUUCGGAAAGUGCUUAAACAACGUUGGCGGCCUAGACAAGGCACUUUUUCUGUAUCCAGAAUGUGUAAAAGACCCGAAUUCGGCUCCUCAAUGGUGGGAUCACUUACAUUGUGCAAUGUCUCACUACAAGUUUGUUCUUGCCAUCGAGAACACUAUGACCGAGAGUUAUGUCACCGAGAAACUUUUCUAUGCCCUGGACUCCGGAGCUGUUCCCAUCUAUUUUGGCGCACCAAAUGUAUGGGAUUUUGUGCCUCCGAAUUCCAUAAUAGAUGGUAGUAAAUUUAGUUCGUUAGAGGAACUAGCAUCUUACGUCAAGUCACUUGCUAACGACCCUAUCGCUUAUGCGGAAUACCAUGCUUGGAGAAGAUGUGGCGUACUUGGUAAUUACAUAAAAACACGUGCCAUGAGCCUUGACACACUGCCAUGCCGCCUAUGCGAGGUUAUUAGUAAACGAGGGGGACGGAGUGCUGGUGCUUUGUAAUUUGCUAAUCAUCUCGGAUGGUGAGAAGAUCGGAGGUCUGAUCUUUUACUAAUUUUGGGGGUGUAGCUUGUGUGUAUGUGUUUGUCAAUUUGCUUGGGUAAAAGGGGGAAUACAAAUAGGUUGUAUGAUGCCGAGAAAUACUAUAGAAUAGAUCAUUUUGUAGUGUGGAUGAAAGUCAUAGUGAUUUUAUGUCUAUAUUUCUUUACCCUUUUAGUUUUUUCUCUCAAAAAAUCUAUGGUGUUUUGGUUUUCAUUUUCAACAUGAUAGUUAGCAGCAAUGACCAACAUCCUACAUGGUAUGCACUCAUGGGCGGAUCUAAUUGGAGCUCGUGCUGGCACGUGAGGGCUUUGAAAUUUUGUAAAUUUUUUUUGAGUUUGUAAGAUUUUAAUCCCAAAUCUAUUGCGUUAAAGGCUCUGUGCACAUACUCAUGACCAAAUGAGCUACACGUUUUAUGUGUAAUUUAUUUCUCUUUAUUGUGCUUCCACUAAGUUUGACCUUUGGAUCCGCCAAUGUAAUGCACUAUGCACCCAACAAUUUCAAUGUUUAAAAAUGUUUCGGAUGAUGA